AUGGAUUUAACAUUGAUUUCGUUAUUACUCUUGCUGUUGCAUCUUUUGUUUGGUGGUUCUUUAGUCUCGGUGCAGCAUACAGAAGGUUGCAAUAUUGAUGAGAGCUUGGCUUUGUUGCAGUUCAAGGAGAGUCUCCAAAUUCAAAGCUUUGCUUCUGUUAGUCCUCCUGUAGCCCCAAAAACUGCAUCAUGGAAGCUGCAUAUUGAAAGAGAAGGUAAGACUGCUAAUUGCUGCUGCUCCUGGGAUGGUGUCGAAUGUGAUCCUAAAACUGGGAGAGUAGUUGGCCUCGAUCUUGAAAGCAGUUUUCUCUAUGGUUCUAUCAACUCAAGCACCAGCCUGUUCAAUCUUGUUUAUCUCCAAAGGCUUAACCUUGCUGGCAAUAAUUUCAAUCUUUCUGAAAUUCCUGCUAGAAUUGCUCAGUUCUCGAGGUUAACAUAUCUCAAUCUCAGGAAUUCUAAUUUUUCUGGCAAACUUCCAUCUUCAUUGAGCAACCUUACACAGUUGAGUUUCCUCUCACUCGCUGGGAACUAUAAUCUUGACGUUGUGACAUUGUCUUGGGUAGGUAAGCUAACAAAACUCACUACUUUAGAUUUUGACUUCACGAACCUAAGAUGCCAAAUCCCAUAUUCUAUUGCAAAUUUGACCCACUUGUCCAGUUUACAUCUCUCUGGUAACCAAUUGACUGGGUCUUUCCCAUAUUGGCUUAUGAACCUUACACAGCUAUCUCAGCUACACCUGUCAGGAAAUUACUUGCAAGGUAACAUUGGAAGCUCAAUCUCUGGUUUCAAACAUCUCAAACAACUUGACCUUGCAGGUAAUAGGUUUAGUGGAACUGUAGAGUUAAAAUCUUUUCUUAAGCUCACAAAUCUGACUCUACUUCAGUUAUCAAAAAAUAACUUCUCCGUGUUGCUUCCAAAACCCAAUCCAAAUGUCACUCUUCCAAAGUUUGAAAUAUUAGGACUGGGUUCGUGUCAGUUGAAAGAGUUCCCACAUAUACUACAUAACCAAAGCGAAUUAUUUUGGUUGGACUUGAACAACAAUAACAUUCAUGGAUUAGUACCGGAAUGGUUAUGGAAUGGAACCAAAGAAUCCCUGCAAUAUUUGGAUCUCGACAACAAUUUCCUGACAGGGUUUGAGCCUUCUUCAGUUUCCUAUCCUUGGUCUGCAUUACGUGUAGUACGCCUCAGCUCAAACAUGUUGCAAGGGCCAAUUGUAAUUCCCUCACCAUCAGUGGAGAUUUUCUUGGCCUCACACAACAAUCUCAGUGGGAAAAUUACACACGCACUUUUCAAUCUGAGUUCACUCAGUGCUCUUGAUUUGUCUUACAACAACUUAAGUGGCUCCAUUCCUCUGUGUUUGGGUAACGCUACUGAUUCCCUGUCAUAUCUGAAGUUGAGACAGAACAACCUCCAUGGGAGACUUCCACUAAUGUUCACAAAGGAAAGCAGAUUGAAGAUGCUUGACUUAGGCCAGAACAAGUUUGAGGGUCAGCUUCCAAGGUCAUUGGAAAACUGUACAAUGCUAACGCACAUUGAUGUUAGCAGUAAUCAAAUAUAUGAUUCUUACCCUUUUUGGUUGGGAAAUCUUCCGUAUUUGAAAGUUCUCAUUCUACGUUCCAACAGAUUCCACGGGAUAAUAAAACGAGACUCUGAAAUGGAUUACAAUUUUACAAGCUUGCAGAUAAUAGACUUCUCUCACAAUCAUUUUAAUGGAGAAAUCCCUUCAAACUACUUCCAAAGUUUGGAGUCCAUAAUAUCUGUGGACACGCAGAGACUGACGUAUAUGGAAGAAGCCAAGUAUUUAUCAAUUGAAAUCUGCGGUUGGGUGGGGAGAUUGCAUUACUCAUUUACAUUAACGAACAAAGGUACACAGAGAGAGUAUGAGAAGAUCCAAACCUUUCUCACCACCAUUGAUCUUUCCAGUAACAGAUUCGAAGGUCAAAUUCCGAGCAGUAUCGGGCAUUUGCAGGGUCUCUACUCGCUCAACCUUUCGAAUAACGUUCUCAACGGCACAAUCCCGCCAUCUCUGGGGAACAUUUCAAUGAUCGAGUCUUUGGACCUUUCUCAUAACAGGCUCUCAGGAGGGAUUCCUCUACAGUUGGCGGAGCUCAGCUUCCUUUCAUCAUUGGACGUUUCUUACAACAAUCUCAGUGGCCCCGUACCAAAGGGACCACAAUUCAACACUUUUGGCAUUAGAUCAUUUGAUGGAAAUUGGGGUUUGUGCGAGAUGCCAUUUUUGAGAAAGUGUGAUAGUUCAGAGAUCUCGCCUAAAACUGCAGAAGUCGAAGAUUCAGUGUUUGGAUUUGGUUGGAGAGUGGUUUUAGUUGGAUAUUCAUUUGGCUUUGCUAUUGCGAUAUGGUUGGGUUUAGGCUUCACUCCAUGGAAACAUAUGCGAAAAUUUACUGGAUAA